CUGAAGAAUGGCAUCAUCUUGUCGGAGGCUGCGUUUUUAUGCCUCUCCUCUGAAAAGACAGCUCGUCCGCGGGCUACCUGUCAUCCAGCGGGAAAGAAGAGCGAUUCCAGGGUGUGCCAGAAGUAUUUACAGUGCCACGGGGAAGUGGACGAAGGAGUACACGCUCCAGACCAGAAAGGAUGUUGAGAAGUGGUGGCACCAACACAUAAAAGAGCAGGCGUCCAGAGUUUCAGAAGACGACAAAUCGAAGCCCAAAUUCUACGUGCUGUCCAUGUUCCCUUACCCUUCUGGCAAGCUGCACAUGGGCCAUGUACGAGUCUACACUCUGAGUGACACCAUUGCACGGUUCCAGAAAAUGAGAGGCAUGCAGGUUAUCAACCCCAUGGGGUGGGAUGCAUUUGGGCUGCCUGCCGAAAAUGCUGCCAUUGAGAGGGAUCUGCACCCAGAAAGCUGGACCCACAGCAAUAUUAAAUACAUGAGGAAACAGCUUGACCGCCUCGGCCUGUGCUUCAGCUGGGACAGGGAAAUCACUACCUGUUUGCCAGAUUACUACAAAUGGACUCAAUACCUGUUUAUCAAACUCUACGAAGCUGGACUGGCCUAUCAGAAAGAGGCCUUGGUUAACUGGGAUCCAGUGGAUCAAACGGUGUUGGCCAAUGAGCAAGUGAAUGAAUACGGCUGCUCAUGGCGUUCUGGAGCCAAGGUGGAGAAGAAAUACCUCCGGCAGUGGUUCAUUAAGACAACCGCAUAUGCAAAGGCCAUGCAGGAUGCAUUGGCAGACCUUCCAGAGUGGUACGGAAUAAAGGGCAUGCAGGCCCACUGGAUUGGGGAUUGUGUAGGCUGCCACCUGGACUUCACAUUAAAGAUUGAUGGACAAGACACAGGAGAGAAACUGACGGCGUACACAGCCACCCCUGAGGCCAUUUACGGCAUUUCCCAUGUGGCCAUUUCUCCUAACCACAGGCUUCUACAUGGCUGCAGUUCUCUGAAGGAACCCUUGCAGAAGGCACUAGUCCCUGGCAGAGAUUGCCUCACACCAGUGAUGGCUGUGAACCUGCUCACCCAGCAGGAGGUCCCCAUCGUCAUCAUGGCCAAGGCUGACUUAGAAGGUUCUCUAGAUUCAAAAAUAGGAAUCCCCAGCACCAGCUCAGAGGAUACCAGCAUAGCCCAAGCCCUGGGCCUGCCCUACUCUGAAGUCAUUGAAACUUCACCAGAUGGCACAGAGAGACUGAGUGGAUCUGCUGAGUUCACAGGUAUGACCCGGCAGGAUGCCUUUCUAGCCCUGACUCAGAAAGCCCGUGGGUUGAGAGUGGGUGGAGAUGUGACAAGUGACAAACUCAAAGACUGGCUGAUCUCAAGGCAGCGUUACUGGGGCACACCGAUCCCCAUUGUCCACUGCCCAGCCUGUGGCCCUGUGCCUGUGCCGCUGCAAGACUUGCCCGUGACGCUGCCCAGCAUCGCAUCCUUCACGGGCAGAGGAGGCUCCCCACUGGCCUCAGCUCUGGAGUGGGUGAACUGUCCCUGCCCAAGGUGCAAGAGAUCAGCCAGGAGAGAGACUGACACCAUGGACACCUUUGUGGACUCUGCAUGGUACUACCUCAGAUACACAGACCCUCACAAUGCUCACAGUCCUUUCAGCCCAGCACUGGCCGACUUCUGGAUGCCUGUGGAUUUGUACAUUGGUGGGAAAGAACAUGCUGUCAUGCACUUGUUCUAUGCAAGAUUCUUUAGUCAUUUCUGCCAUGAUCAAAAGAUGGUGAAGCACAGGGAGCCUUUCCAUAAACUGCUGGCCCAAGGCCUCAUCAAAGGACAGACAUUCCGCCUUCCAUCUGGACUGUGUCUAAAGAGGGAGGAUGUAGACUUCACAGGUCCUGCCCCUGUCUGUGCAAAAACAAAAGGGAGGUUAGAGGUGACAUGGGAGAAGAUGAGCAAAUCCAAACACAACGGUGUGGACCCUGAGGAGAUUGUGGCACAGUACGGGAUUGACACAAUCCGGCUCUACAUCCUCUUCGCAGCCCCCCCUGAGAAGGACAUCUUGUGGGAUGUAAAGACUGACGCACUCCCCGGAGUGCUGAGGUGGCAACAGCGGCUGUGGUCCCUGACGACGCGAUUCAUCGAGGCAAGGACUUCUGGGCCAGUCCCCCAACCUCAGCUGUUGAACAACAAGGAGAAAAUCAAGGCCCGAAACCUCUGGGAGUACAAAAACUCAGUCAUAACUCAGGUAACCACCCAUUUCACAGAGGACUUUGCACUGAAUUCUGCAGUUUCUCAGCUGAUGGGACUCAGCAGUGCCCUCUUGCAAGCCUCCGAGAGAGUGGUUCUCCAUAGCCGUGAGUUUGAGGAUGCUCUGUGUGCGCUGCUGGUGAUGGCUGCCCCCAUGGCUCCUCACAUAACCUCAGAGCUCUGGGCAGGCCUGGCGCUGGUGCCAAGCAAGCUCUGUGACAGUUAUGACUGGAAUGCUGGUGUGAUGCUUCAGGCCUGGCCCACUGUGGACUCACAGUUCCUUCAGCAGCCUGAAGUCGUGCAGAUGGCCGUCCUGAUCAACAACAAGGCCUGUGGCAAGAUCUCUGUGCCCCAGCAGGUUGCCCAGGACCAGGACAAGGUCCAUGAAUUUGUUCUCCAGAGUGAGCUGGGCGUCAGGCUGCUGCAGGGAAGAAGCAUCAAGAAGGCCUUCCUCUCCCCCAGGACUGCCCUCAUCAACUUCCUGGUGCAAGAGUGACAGGGCUUCAAGGACCCCCUGUCUCUGUCCAGAUCAAGGAAAGGGUGAUAGCUUAGGAAAAGAGAAAAGGCAGACAUCAGGGACAUUGACCUUUGUGCCAGGACAGACUGCAGUCAGCAGGGACCUGUGUCCUGCGCUGAGGCCUGAACCUAGGACCUGUGACCCCGCCCCCCACUCCCACUCAGGGUGUGAAGCUACCGGAGAUGCUGCUGGAUGGGAACAAGGAGAAAAGCAAGGCUGGCAAGCACCUACCUCUGGAACUGCCUCAGAUACUUCUCCAGAAGCCGUGUAGACCAGAGGAACCAUUAGGCUCAGGAGCUGCACGAUGAUCAGGUGUACGAAGGAAGGCGCUGGCUGGGCUUGGCUUACAGGAUAGAUAAAACCCUUCAGUAUAUGCUCCGUGCCUCACUUGAGGGCCUGGACAUGGCUACUGGCGUCUGUCCACCACCUUUCAUCUGUGUCACGCAGGUCUGUUCCGCUCCAGCUGGGUGUCCCCGUUCCGAGUCUGACCCCACUUACGUAAGGACCCCACUUACGAGCCCAAACAGAAGGACUGUGCCAUAGCCACUGUUUCAGUGUGUAGAGUGUGCUCUCUGGUGGGUGAAGCUGUCACGAGGUGCAUCACAGCCCAGCAGGGGUUUGAACCCCGGAUGGCUCACGUGGGUGAUACUAUCGUUAUCAGUUUGGCCCCCAGGAUGCCAUUAACAAAAGCAAGUUCAUCAAAGAGGAGUAGAUGCCCUCCUGUGCCCAAGCUGCUAUGUUUUAGCUGUUUAGGAGAUGGCCAGGAGUAGAGCCAGCUCACCAGUAACUUAAAGAGAGUCAUCAGUAAAGGGCUCUCACGGACAUGGCCUGAGCAAAGAAAGGCUCAAUACUUAGUUGAGGGUUGGACCGAAGAACCUAGCCAUCUCAGAAUGCCGAAGCUCUGUAUCUGUAAUCUGAUGUCACCCAGAGGUGGCUGUCAUUGUCUCCUACCAUUCA